UGUGCGCUCGGAGCAGCUGUCGGUCGGAUAGUAGCUGUGGGUCCACACAGACACGGAGACAUGAUGGACGCACUGUGAUUAAUUCUUCUUUCAUGAGAAGCGCUCGUCGGAUUUCACUUUGCAGUAACGCCGCGGUCCGUGCAGGACUUCACGAACGUUUUGUCUCACGUGUGGCCCAGAGCGUGUUUCCACGAACCAGCAUGCUUUUAUCGCUGCCUUUGUUUGAUAUGAGACUGGAUUAGGAUCUCCGGCGGCGGACUCAACUGCCCGCUUUGGUCAAGAGAGAGGCUAAUUUACGCUGUAGCCUAACUUUUUUUCUCGGGGCAGGGAUGUCUCCGGCUCGGGUGGAUUACAUUGCGCCCUGGUGGACUUACUGGCUUCACAAUUUCCCUCAUAUCAACCUGAGGUUUCAGCCCAUUGACAACAGCUUCCAGCCUGAAGAGGAGAACUACCAGCAGUCUCUCAUAUUCCUGGGCUGUGUGGCGGCUGCAGGGCUCGGCCUCAACCUGCUCUGUCUGGCCAUCUACCUGAGCUGUUUGUGCUGCUGCCGCAAAGAUGAGGACGAGGAGAGCAAGAAGCCCAACUCCUGCUGCGUCACCUGGUCCGCUGUCGCUGCUGGCCUCAUCACAUGCGUUGCAGUGGGUGUGGGUUUCUAUGGCAACAGUGAGACCAACGAUGGCGUGUACCAGUUGACCUACUCCCUGUACAAUGCCAAUCACACGCUGGGCGGUGUGGACAGUCUGGUUACUGGCACCAUGGGCAGCAUGAAAAGCGGCUUGCACCAGCACCUCGCAAGGCUGGACGAAAUCUUCGCCACGCGGGGCGACUAUGUGCAGACCCUGCAGUUCAUGCAGCAGAUGGCUGACAACGUGAUCAAACAGCUGCUGGGACUGCCUGACUGGGCGGAGGCUAAAGUGGACCUGGCAUCCAUCGCUGAUCAAACGGCGAACAUAGAGUACUACAGGUGGCUCACCUACCUGCUGCUCCUCAUCCUGGACCUGAUCAUCUGCCUGCUGGCCUGUCUGGGCCUUGCCAAGCAGUCUCGCUGGCUGCUCACCACCAUGAUGGUGUUUGGAGUCCUGACCCUGGUCCUGAGCUGGACAUCUCUGGGAGCUGACCUGGCCACUGCUGUGGGCACAAGUGAUUUCUGUGUGUCCCCUGACAAGUACCUCAUGAGCCAGACAAAGAGUAUCGUCAGUGCUGAUAUUGUUCAUUACUACCUUUACUGUAACCAGACUCUCUCCAACCCCUUCCAGCAGCCUCUGACCAUCUUCCAGAGGUCCCUGACCACCAUGCAGAUCCAGAUCCAGAGUCUGCUGCAGUUUGCUGUACCUCUGUUCCCCACAGCUGAGGGAGACUUACUGGGUAUCCAGCAUUUGCUCAACUCCUCGGAGGCCAGUCUGCACCAGUUGACCGCCCUGCUGGACUGCAGGGGGCUCAAUAAGGACUACCUGGAUGCAAUGGUGGGGGUGUGCUAUGAUGGCGUGGAAGGUGUGCUCUACCUCUGCCUCUUCUCCAUCCUUGCAGCCUGUGCCUUCACUGUCAUGCUGUGUGCCAUUCCCAGGGCAUGGAGACAAAUUGCCUGCAGGGAACAAGAUUACGACGACAUCGACGAGGAGGACCCGUUCAACCCACGGGCGAGGAGGAUAGGCUCUCAGAACCCCAACCACACCAACAUGCACAGCUUCUGCAGCUACAGCAGCAGCAUGGGCAGCCAGAGCAGCCUGCACCCCCCCGCCCCCGCUGUCUCCAACGCCCCCAUGUCUGAAUACAUGAACCAGACCGCUCUGUUUGGUGGAAAUCCACGGUACGAGAACGUGCCUCUGAUAGGACGAGGAUCUCCACCACCUUCGUACUCCCCCAGUAUGAGGGCCACCUAUCUGUCCAUGACCGAGGAACAGAGUAGACACUUUGGGAACGACUUCCAAGCAUAGACUUCUUUAUGUGUCCAAGGAGGGAAACAGCAUCACAUACACAAACACACACACACACACGCUCAACAAGAGAGAGGUGUGUGGCUUUUCCAAGCAUCACAAAGAACAGUGUAACAUCUAGUUUGUCCAGGACUCCAGCCUGUGCAGACUCAGGACAAUAGAACCAUAUCUGUACUGUUCUCCAUGUGUUGUACACUCAUAAAUGAUUGAUUUCCCUUUGCUGCCCCAAGACCUUUGUUAAACAACUUAACCUGCUCUUAAUCUGUUGUGUUCCUUGGCUACCUGACACAAGUUUCGAAAUAUGAACUGUAUAAAUCAGCCGUAUCAUCACACAUGGAGGGGGGGGGGGGGGGGGGGGAGAAGGUGUGAUGACAGAUGAUUGAUUAUUCUGAUAAAACAAGUGAUAGAAGUAAUGCUGAGGAUUCAUUUGUCACUAGAGUAAAACUAAACAACAUGUAAGAAAAAAGAAUUUGAAAUUUGUCUCCUGUUAAAUGAAAUGUUAAAUGUUUCCUUCUACAACCCUUCAAAGCUUUUAAAAUGAGGUGUGAAUUACUUUUGACAGCUUACAUUCAGGUCUCCAAAGAGGAAAAUGUGAACAUGACAGCUGAUGUAAACUUGCCAUAAUAUUUUCUACGCAUUAGGCUUCAUGCUUGAUAUUUGUGAAGCACAAACUCAGCACACAGCAGGAGGUACUGCUGAGAUAUCAUUUAUUUACAUCCAUACACAGACACACCUGUGAGUGAAGCUUUAUGUUUCUAAGUCUCCGGAGACGAGACAACAACUUCUGUAAAUAGGUUGUACAUUAACAGACUGGUGUCUUAUUCUGAUUUGAUUUUGUUUAAACAAUGUGCCAUUUUUUAUAUAUUUUUUCUAGUUUUGUGUGGCGAUGUCACAUAGGAUCACUCUUUUUCUUUUGUAUUUUCUAAAGGGCCAUUAAUUCAUAUUUUUUGCAUAUCUAAUUCAACUAAUACGAUAAAGUUGUCAUUUCUGCCGUAACUUGGGAAUCUGUGCUGCUCUAACUGUAAUUAAUGAGAAUAUUCAGGUAAUUAUUUUCAUCAAAACAACCUCUCCAAACAGUGCAUGUUUGGAUUGACUAACAAUGGUUUUCUGUAGAGAUUUAAUACAUGCAGUGUCAUUUAAUGAUAAUGAUUUUGUUAAGUGUUGUUUCUUUCUGCAUGUUACACUGCGGGCACUGAGAGCGGUGCUUCAUUUUGUGUGUGACCUCAGACUGUGGGGUCUACGUGUGAGUUGAAUAAACCAGUUUUGAGUACA